AUGUCGCACAUCUUCAGCGUGGAGGAUGAGGAGCCCGAGUUGUACGCAUCGUACCCCCAGAAAACUUUGAGGACCACCUCCGCCACCUCGCUGUGCGAGAACGAAGGUGCAUCAGGAAUGCCCGAAGUGCAGAGCGCUGAUCAGACCUGGGUCGAACGCAGCUGGAACAGGCUGGAAGCGAUUAGGAAUAGGUCUCAUGCCAGGGCAUUGGAUGGCUUGUCAGAGGCCUCGGCUUCAGAUGCCAGCGCUUCAAUGUCAACUGCGACUUCGACCAUCGAAGUGGAGCCCAUGAAGCUCCGGGUCAGGAGAUUCAGGAGAUCAUCAACGGACUACGUUGGUACAGAGUUAGAAGCAGAUCAGAGUGUUUUGUCCUUUAGGUCCACAGGCUCCGAGGAAAAGACUGGACGAGGACGAAUUCGGAAAAGCUCAACCUUUUGCCUGGCUGACCUAGAGCGGUCACUGCUGCAAGGUGGCCUAUCAGCUUUCGGUCCAGUCCCGCUUCCAGGUGCAGUAUCUCCAAGCAAAGAGCGAUCUCCAAGCAAAGAGCCAUUUCAUGUUGCAGGACGGCGGAGAAAAAGUUCCAGCUAUCACCUCUGCGAUCUCGAAGGAAGCGUCGCGGUCGCUGGUGAUGGAGCGGACGCGCUUCCGCCCGUCGACGUGCCGAAAAGCGCCGACCUCCCCAAGCUGCGUCGACCCGUGCGGAAGGCCACGGAAGAAGGAGGAUAUGGCCGUUGCCGACACGUGGCUCCAACCAUCCAUCCAUUGAGCUACAAGGUUGCAGAGGCGAACUGGUGCAUGGGUGAUGUUGGGCGUUGUGGGCGUCAGUAG